UGUUGGUCAGGCUGGUCUUGAACUCCAGACCUCAGGUGAUCCGCCCGCCUUGGGCUCCAAAGUGCUUGGAUUACAGGCAUGAGCCAUCACGCUCGGCCUUUUUGAUACGUCUUUAGUGAUUAAGAAAUGUCCACAAAUGCUUUUAAAUGCACAUUUCCCUCGUCUGCAUUGUUCAUAAUUCACUCACAUGAAAUAAGAGAUUCUGCUUUGCUUUGCUUUGUUUUGUUUUUUUUGUUUGUUUGUUUGUUUGUUUGUUUUUAAGACAGAGGUUUGCUCUUGUUGCCCAGGCUGGAAUGCAACGGACCAAUCUCAGCUCACUGCAACCUCCACCUCCCAGGUUGAAGCGAUUCUCCUGCCUCAGCCUCCGCAGUAGCUGGGAUUACAGGCAAAUGCCACCAUGCCUGGCUAAUUUUUUGUUUUUUCAGUAGAGACGGGGUUUCUCCAUGUUGGUCAGGCUGGUCUCAAACUCCCGACCUCAGGUGCUAUGCCCACCUCAGCCUCCAAAAUUGCUGGGAUUAUAGGCAUGAGCCAUCACACCCAGCUCAAGAUUCUGCUUUUGAAGAAGUUCAGUCCAUCCAGUGUUGUGCAUUUUGACUCAAUUAAGUUAACAUUCCCUCCUUUUAAGGAUCAGCGAUGGAUGGAAGAGUAGGGCCCUUCUUAUGCUUCUACACUUAAAAGAAUGUUGUCUUGUUUCAGAAGCCUGGAGUGAAUGUCACCAAGUGUGAUGGACUGUUGUGCCAUCAGGGAUUGAAAAUCAAAGGAGGCAUGCCUGCUAAGAUCACUGUCUCCUGAGUGGAGACAGAGAUGCAGUUAAUUCAACACAAGUGUGGCGGAAUGGGCUUUUAUGAUAGGAUGGGCCUCAGAGACGGCGUCUCUAAAGAUGGACGCAAGAUCAGGGGCUGCUUCACACUACAUCACAGUGAAGAGACUGUCUGACCAUCAGGCUCCUCCCACGUACUUAACAUUCUAACUCCAUUUGUGUUUUCCCAGGCUGUGUGGAUGCAGAUACAGACAGAAGAAGUAUUUUUUGUCGCCCCGUGGCAGAGUGACUCAGCAGAAUGAAAAAGAUGUGACAAUAGCAGCUUUCUUUCCUCCUCAGAUCAUAUUCCAUGAAUGGAGUCUCGCUCUUUCGCCCAGGCUGGAGUGCAAUGGUGUGAUCUUGGCUUACUGCAACCUCCGCCUCCCGCGUUGAAGCGAUUCUCCUGCCUCAGUCUCCCAAGUAGCUGGGACUACAGGCGCGUACCACCACGCCCGGCUAAUUUUUUUGUAAUUUUAGUAAAGAUGGGGUUUUACCAUGUUAGCCAGGCUGACCUCUCGAUCUCCUGACCUCAUGAUCCGCCCGCCUGAGUUUCCCAAAGUGCUGGGAUUACAGGCUUGAGCCACCGUGCCUGGCCCUAUAUUUUUAAUCCUGUCAGUUAAUAAACAGUACCUGCUCCCAAACUGAAAAUAAAAUUAAACAGGCAUAUGUGGCUAGUGGCUGUCAUACUGGCCAGGGACAAUCUUGGCUCAAUGGACACUCCCUUCUAACCCCAAUCUUGAUUUCCAUGACCCGAAGGAGACCAGAGCCCAGCCUUGAGAAGGAAGAAGAGGAAAGGAUCUAGCAUGGGGCUUUCAUGUUCCAUAUCUGAAUAAGGAUCUUUGAUGGAAGAAGGAAAUAAAUACAAUAUGCAUCAUUUCCUUCCCUCUGAGCCUGGUUGUCUUUACCCAGACUCUCCUCACCAUGUGGAAGCAGAGGGCAAAAGAGGACCACCAUUGUUCCACGGGUGGUUCUCACACGUGCCCAGUCUCACUAAUAUCCUGGGCUUUAAGUCAGUCAUUCUAGGGUUCCGUUCUCUUUGGCGCAAAUGAUGGGUGAACGUGGAGUACAAACCAGGAAUCUCAUUUUUUCCCUACAUUUUUCAGUAAGGUUGACCUGUUAUGCAACUACACCUUGUGGCAAACAGUACGUGUUGAGAAUUGACCGAGGUCUGCUUCCUGGAUGUAAAAACCAGUAUUUAGCAAGGGACAGAAAGACAGUUAAAUUGAAUAUAAUGAGAGGUGAGAUGGCGCCAUGGGAGCCUGAGAAAAGACUUUCCUAAAGACAGAAUAUGGGGUCUACGGCUAUUAACAUAAAAUCUUCCUGCAGAGCCUACCCUAUAUUUGUAGUGCAAAUCCCAUUCUGUUUCUUUAGAGAAUCUGAGAGAAUAUGCUAUCCAACCAUGGAAAUGACGUGCAACACACAAAAUAUCCUAAGACGCAAGGAUCAGAUGGAGGCAGAGGAGUCACCGUCCGGCAUUCCUCCUGAGCAUCAACUGCAUCAACCCUUUGAGGAUGAGGAUUUCAGCGUAUCAGAAGAUCGGGAAUAUUCAGAGGAAGAAGAUUCAGGAGUUGGACACUCAGAAGAGCAUCAGACACUUUCCUCUCGUGCUGCUAAACUCCAUUUUGAUGUCAGACGAGAUUAUAAAAAUCCUCAGUUUCUGAGGCCGGCAGGAAAUGUGGAUGUUGAGUUGACUGACGAGAAUGCAAACAUAUACAGCAUUCGGUUCCCUGCUGCUGGCUGGUAUCUGUGGUCGGCCACAGGCCUCGGUUUCGUGGUAAGGGCUGCAGCCACAGUGAGAAUUGCAUUUGGUUCCUGGAGUCAGCACCUGGCCCUGGACCUGCAGCACCAUGAACAGUGGCUGGUGGCCGGCCCCUUGUUUGACAUCACUGCAGAGCCAGAGGAGGCUGUCUACGAAAUCCACCUCCCCCACUUCAUCUCCCUCCAAGCAGGUGAGGUGGACAUCUCCUGGUUCCUUGUUGCCCAUUUUAAAGAUGAAGGGAUGGUCCUGGAGCAUCCAGCCCGGGUGGAGCCUUUUUAUGCCGUCCUAGAAAACCCCAGCUUCUCUCUGAUGGGCAUCCUGCUGCGGAUCGCCAGUGGGACCCGCCUCUCCAUCCCCAUCACCUCCAACACAUUGAUGUAUUAUCACUCCCAUCCCGAAGAUAUUAAGUUCCACUUGUACCUUGUCCCCAGCAAUGCCUUGAUAACGAAGGCAGUAGAUGAUGAGGAAAGCCGCUUCUGUGGUGUGCGUCUGCAGACUUCGCCCCCGAUGGAACCCCUGAACUUUGGUGCCUAUUAUAUUGUGUCUAAUUCUGCUCAUCUGGAAAUAAUACCCACGGAGUUGAAAUUGUCCUACAGGAGUCCUGGAGAAAUUCAGCCCUUCUCCAAAUUCUAUGCUGGGCAGAUGAAGGAACCCAUUCAAGUUGAGAUUACUGACAAAAGACAUGGGACUUUGGUCUGGAAGACUGUGGUGAAGCCAGUGGACAUCCAGCUUGGAGCUGCAUCAGCCCCUCCUGCCUCCUCAGGUGCAGCGUUUGUGAAGGAGAACCUCCGGCAACUCCAGGCCAGGUUGGGGGACCUGAAGGGGGUGCUCGAUGAUCUCCAAGACAGUGAGGUUCUCACUGAGAAUGAGAAAGAGCUGGUGGAGCAGGCAAAGACACGGCAGAGCAAGAACGAGGCCCUGCUGAGCAUGGUGGAGAAGAAAGGGGACCCAGCCCUGGAGGUGCUCUUCGAAAGCAUUAGUAAAAGGGACCCUUACCUUGUGUCCUAUCUUAGACAGCAUACUUUGUAA